AUGGAACUCAAUCUCCCCGCGUCACCUCAUUUCGGUGGAAUCUGGGAGGCAGCAGUUAAAUCCUUUAAACAUCAUCUGAGACGCGUGGUCGGCAACGAAUUGCUAUGCCUGGAAGAUUUGAAUACCUUAGUUAUUGAAAUUGAAAGUAUUCUCAACUCACGUCCAAUAUCUCCUUUGUCAUCAGAUCCUAAUGAUCCUAUCACGUUAACUCCCGGUCAUUUCCUUAUUGGCGAAUCUGUAACGAGCGUACCCGAGCUUGAUUUCACAGACACACCAGCAAACCAAUUGUCCACCUGGGGUUACAUUAAAAAAUUGAAGCAACAUUAUUGGAUCCAGUGGCAUAAAGAUUACAUCAACGAACUUAACAAUCGACGUAAAUGGUUUACUGGCGACAUUGAUAAGGGAUCUAUCGUCUUAAUUAAGGACGGCAAUCAAACUCCAUUCCAGUGGCCCAUGGGACGAGUCGUGGAAACGCAUCUAGGACCAGACGGUGUCAUCCGAACGGUCCGGAUCAAAACAGAAACCGGCUAUCUUGUAAGGAACGUCAAGAAGCUGAGGCCAUUGUUAGAUGACGUCCCAGGAUUAGCAGUGCUACGCGAAAAAAUGUGCAAGGGUGCUAAUGAACAAUUAUGA